GUUCGACCUGCCCGCCAGCCGACGCGCUCUCUGACGAUCCUGUAGUUUGGACUUUGCAGUUUGCGCUGUUUUCACUUAGACGGGCAACACACUGGAGUCAAAAUGGUGAAGAUUUUCAUUGGGAACCUCUCUCAGCACACAGAGAAAGAUGAAAUCGAGUCUCUGUUCACUCCGUAUGGCACAGUGACCGAGUGUGCAAAGUACAAGAAUUACGCUUUCGUGCACAUGGAGGAUCGCAAGUCUGCAACCAAGGCCAUCCGAGAGCUCCAUCUGUACAAGCUGAACGGCAGACCCAUCAACGUGGAGCCCAGCAGGGGGAAGGACCAGGGUCCGGUCAAGCUGCACAUCGCCAACGUGGAGAAGGGCUUCGAGCAGGAGCUGCGGGAGCUGUUCGAGGAGUACGGCACCGUCACAGAGUGCUCCAUCGUCAAAAACUUUGCCUUUGUGCACAUGUCAAACUCCGACGAAGCCAUGGAUGCCUUACAGGGUCUAGAUAACUCAGAGUUUCAAGGAAAGCGUAUACAUGUUCAGAUCUCCAAAAGCCGACCCAGAGGCGAGGAGGAGGAGUAUCCGCCGCCUCCCGGUCCUGGCUAUUACCCUCCUUACUACCCAGGGGAGUACAUGGAGCCCCACUACAGGAACCGCAUGUCUGCGUACCCUCCUGCCCCUCCCCCGCCUCCCCCACCCCCUCCACCGCGACGAGCCGCUUACCCCGGCGCGGGAUACGGCGAGCGGGAUUCCUACAGCGUGGUGGAUUACUACCAGAAGUACAGAGCCCAUCCUUACGGCGCUGGGGCCUACGACGACCGGAGAGCGAGCGCCAUCCCCCCUCCGCCGCCUCCCCCCUCGGGGAUGGUCCGGGAUCACCUCAGACUGGACCCGUACGAGCGGCGCUCGCUCCCCGCGCCCUCCGGCUACAUGGCACGGGACCGGAGCCCCAUCAGAAGAGCCCCGCCCCCGCCGGCGCCCUCGUCCGGGAACGGGUACUCCUACGAGCGGUCUCGACUCUCUCCAGCAUCGAGGCCUCCGCUUUACCCCCGUCCCCGGGAUUCCUACGCGGACAGGGUUCCUCCUCCGCCGCCGCCGCCGCCCCGCUACGCCAGCUACUGAGAUGUCAAAUCCAAGGUUUAGAAUAUGACGAGGUCGUCGUCGCCUGCGGACGCACACGGCGCUACGCGCUCCCCCCCGCCCGCCCCCCCCCCGUCUCUCGUCUAUGGCGGAUUGCGUCGCGCUCGCCUGAGACUUACUGGAAGAUGCUGUAUUGCGGACAGCCAUUUAAAAAAACACACACACACACACACAAAAAAAAACCCGAAACGUAGGAUUCCACAUCUGCCUCUCCUCCUCCUCUGCUUGAGUUACUGUCCGGAUCCCGGAGGUGACUUCUCGUGUGACGCAGUACGUUUGAUGGCCACUCACUUUCCGUCUUUGCACAUAUGACGUCUUGGAGAUUCUUUCAUAACAAGGGAAUUAAUUUAAAUCUUAAAUAUCUAUCUGCACAUCAUCUGUGUUGAAGAGGGUUGAUCCUUUGCUCCUCGGGUUGAAUUUGAAGAGUUUUGAUGUGAUUCAGGGUGUUGGGCGCUUGUUCAUCUCGGCUUUAAUGACAUAAAACCCUUCCAGUGUGGCUUUGUUUUCUUUCACGCUUUGUGUUACCUCUCUACUUGCGGAAGUAGACUCUGCAGCAUCGUUGUGUAUGAUUUUUAUUUACUUUACUCCCUGCUUUUUAAUAAAAAAUAUAUAACCAAAACCAA